CCACGAUGCCAGAUGUCUCUCCCAGCACCUGCCCUGACAUCACGGCGAAAAAGAAAAAAAGAUGGUGAUAGAACGAUCUCUUGGCCUUCACUGAGCAACACAGAUCCUCUUUUCAUAUCUCUUUCCCAUCUACCACCACCACCACCAUGCGUUGGGCGUUCGUAGCAGCUACAUUCUGGCGGGGAGUUUCGUGUGCCAGCCUCUCGACCGCAGAGGCCUCCGACGUCAAAGCACGCCUCGCAGAAGCCGCGCAGGAAAGCUGGCAACUCGGGACACGCGAACAAACCCUCCUCGAGACAGAUGCGACCGUCUACUCUGUCUUUUCGGACCAGUCCCUCCCUCCAUCGUCGACGGUGCCUGAUAAUAUGACAGACGCCCUCGCGCCUGUGCUCUCCAUGGCCAAGGAGAGGAUUGACAAAUGUUGUAGUGUCAUUGGACAGCAGGUAACAUGCCGCUUGCUUUAAUCUGGACUGGUCAUCCUCAUAGUCGAUUUUCCGUCCCCUUCAAGCUCUGAAUCUUUACUAUGCAGAGCAUAUCGGCAGCUACCAUACUAGCGUA